ACAACGCUCCGCGCGCCCUACUGUGGUCAUUCUGAGAAACUUUCCUCGGUGUGUUUUUAUUUCGUUUCGCGUUGUGUGAUGCGUUCUUUAGAAUUUUCCACUAUUAUUACCACUAGAUAUAGUUAGCAAUAGAAUAUUAAUUUAAUCACCGCAAGAAUGGAUGAGGAGGAUCCGAUUGUCGAGGAGAUUCCGGUGUUUCUAUCCAAAUCCCUGGCUGAGAACUUGUACGUUUUCCAAUUUUCCACUCGGGAUGCCGAUUACACGAUAGAUUGUAGCGAUGUAGUCAAUUGCUGCGUAAAACCUCACAACCAACAGGCAAAGGUGGAUUUUGGGCUAGAGACAAAAUCACGUAAUUAUGACGAGUUCCGGGGAUCACUGCUGGCUGUAGGAGCCGAUGGGAAGAAUCCUUCCAGAAAUGAUCGACCAUCCUUCCCAAGUGGCACCAUGGACAAGAUGAGCUUCGUGAGCUCCAAGGCUCUGCAGAAUUCAGGAAAUUAUGUGAUAGGCGUGAUGCAAGAUCGAGAAGUGCAUACAACGCCCCUCAAUGGCAUCCUCCAGAUGCGCCCCUCUUUCUCCUACUUCGACAAACAGGAUGCCCGGCGAAAAGCCGAGCAGAAGACAGAAGCUGAGCUUGAGGCUGAAGAGGAGGAACUCAAGCAGAUCACAGUUAAAUUCGCCCGAGGCGAUAGUGAAAAGGCCAAAAAGGCUAGAGAAAAGACUUUUGACUUUGUGGCUGCCCGGGAGGCCGAGGAGCCCUGGUGCGAGACAUUCUGGCAUCCAAUGGGCUCCGCGGCCGUCGAACUGGAGCGCCAGAGGCUCUUCUGCACAAAAACAGCCCCCACGGGGCAUACACUCUCCUCCAGCAGCAGAGACUACGUCAAAGCCCUGAUCCCGUCGGAGAGGCAUGACAAAUCCGUGGAGAGCAUCGUGCCCAGCGGAGUCGUCAGCUUGUUCAAGCUGAAAGAGAUGGGUCUGCAGGAACAAAUCAAGAACAUCCUCAUAGACGUUAAAAUGGUCUCUCUGUCGCAACUUCUGACCAUCCUGGAUGACAAGACUGUGACUGAGGAGAAAGUGGUGCGAAUCCUGCCGCUAAUCGGUCUCCUAAUUCGUGGCAAUUGGGUUGUCCAGUCAGAAGUUCUCUAUCCUCCGGAAACCUUUUCCAGCAUCAAUGGCAUCUCCAGCGAGAUCAUGUGUCGCAGUCGGGAUUACGUGCUGCAUCAAUUGGUGAAGCGGAACUUUGUGGAUAGGCAGAAGAUUUCGCUGGUGAUCCAGUUGCCGCCGGAAGAGGUCAAGGAGAUCCUUCAGUCUGUGGCUCAGGUGUCUUCCAGGGGCUGGGAAUUGCCCCUGAUGCCAGAUUUGAAGUUUGAGGGGAAGUAUCCGGAGUUGGUGCAGCGGCAGGAGAUGUUCUGGCGCAGCAAGGAGGAUCUGUUCAGUGAGAUGGAAUCGGAGAAGGUGCCAAAGCGAGUCAGGAAGAGAUCCAUCAGAGAGUCCAAUAAAGUGCCGGUGGAAAAAGUCAAUGGCACGGUUUAAAAAUCAUGAUAGAGACGGAGAAAGAGAGAGAGAGAGAGAAGAAGAAGACAGGAAUAUUGGAAUUGGCUUCCCGGAAGCUACGAUGAAGAAUAAAUAAAGAAAAUUUGUGGCUUAAA